GGCAAACACGUUGGGCUGCGUGCGUGUUGCGUGUACAAACCGUGUCGUGGUACAAACAGUGGACACCGUGUUCUUGCUUUUACUUAACGAUUAAUUAUGCUUUAACUCAAUGUUCAGAUACAGCGAGCGAGCCGCCCCUGUGUUUUGCAGUUGACCACUCAUCAAAUAGCGGCCGCUACAAACGAAGAUGACGCUUGUCGCCAAAAAGCACCCUCACAUUCGAUACAACCCACUUAAGGACGAAUGGGUCCUCGUGUCUCCGCAAAGAACGCUUCGUCCCUGGCAGGGUAAAACCGAGAACGCUACCGACAUGUCGACGGCACGCGCUGUGGAUCCAAGCAACCCACUGUGUCCGGGAGCCAUGAGAGCUAAUGGCGAAGUCAAUCCGAUGUAUCAAUCUACCUUUACAUUCAGAAAUGACUUUCCAGCUCUCCUAGAGGAUGCCCCAAGUCUUGAAUCUGAAGAGAAUGCUGAUGAAUCUGGCCUCUUCCGCAUGGCCGAGGCUAGAGGCACUUGCCGAGUGAUGUGCUUCCAUCCAUGCUCUAAUGUGACUCUGCCCCUGAUGAGUCAAUCCGAAGUGGAGACGGUGAUCGAUGAGUGGGCUCUACAGACCGAGCAGUUAGGCCAAACUUAUACAUGGGUUCAGGUUUUUGAAAACAAGGGCCAAAUUAUGGGCUGCUCCAACCCUCAUCCACACUGCCAGAUUUGGGCAAGUUCAUUUAUGCCAAAUCAACCAAGACUGAAGGACAAAUCCCAGAAGGCUUACCUUGAAAAAACAGGGAAACCACUUCUUGUGGACUAUGUGUCCCAAGAACUGAAAAAGAAUGAACGCAUUGUUUUGGUGUCUGACCACUGGGUUGCUCUGGUGCCAUUUUGGGCUGUCUGGCCAUAUGAGACCAUGCUUGUACCUAAACGUCAUGUGACCAGGCUGUAUGAACUGAACGCUGCGGAAAAAUCAGAUUUGGCAAGUAUCAUGAGAAAGCUACUUACAAAGUAUGACAACCUCUUCAGUACCUCAUUCCCAUACUCUAUGGGUUGGCACGGUGCACCUACUGGCAAAUAUUUGAAUGAGGAUGUGUCACAUUGGCAGCUACAUGCCAUCUAUCUGCCCCCGCUGCUUCGAUCAGCUACUGUGCAGAAGUUCAUGGUUGGCUACGAGAUGCUUGCUCAGCCUCAGAGAGAUCUAACACCAGAACAAGCUGCCGAUACACUACGAGCCCAGUCCGAGGUUCACUACACACAGUGCUCAAGCUGAUUAGUGACAAAGCUGGUUCUGCUAAGCUAGUCUUCUUUUUUACACUAUUGGCAGAUAACCUACCUCUACUUAUAUUUAUAUAUAUAUAUAUAUCUUUGUGCAACUACUUGAGCAAGUCGAUAAGUCUUGAGCGGCACCAAUCUUUAUUAACAACCUGCGAUUCAAUGUUUUCUAGCUUUGUGUAUACUACGAAUGCAAUUUUGCGCACUGCCUUUUCUUCGUGACGCUAGAGGUCAUUUGAGAGGUUCGAAAUAUGCUGCAGAAUGAGUUUCAGUUUGCAAUAUUUACCAUUUUUAUGCACUUACAGGCAGGGUCAAAAGUUUACAUUCCGGAAUGCAGGUUCCUUGAAAAAGUCUAAUGGCAGCCCAGUUUUAGUGGAUUGAAACAGUCAUUGAAACAAUACAUUAUGUUCAUCGCAUACACUAUUACAAAUAGCACAUUUUAAAUCCAGGCUGCGUGCCCAGGCUCAGGAAAUAUUUUUCCCAAAUCCCACACCCUGUUAACUUGUAUAAGAAAAAAAAAACUUAUCAAAUAAUUGUGUUAAUGCACUGAUGCACUAGUGUUAAUGCAGCCACUUGUGCUUUUCAACACACGAGGCAGGCAUGAGAAAUAGGUGCCUGCAAGUUCCUUUUCAUAAUGUUCAUAGUCAAAUUGGAUGUACAUAGGUUGUUUGAAUGUUAAGAUCUAGUCCCUUAUAGAGUAUAUUCGAGUCAAAAUUGAGUUCCUAGCAAGGGAGCUGCUGGUCCUAUUUUUUAAUUGAUACACGUGCAUGGACUUGCUACUGACAGAAUAUUAAAGCAUUCUUUUUACUCAAGAACGAAA